AUGAUGGAAGGGAUAAAAGCGAACAAGAGACCGGCAGACAUUAUGAGGGAGCGCUCAUUCUCCUUAUUAUAUCUCAUAGAAUGCUUGAUUUCAAGAGGUGCCGUGGUCAAAGAUCAGUUGUUGCUAGACAAAGCCGUAUGGAUUGACUUUCUCCAUGUCCUUAAUUACUGCUAUCGGGAUGGAAGAGAUGCGUUCACGAAGGAGUACGAGUUUGCUCGCGGAUACAGUGGGAAAGCGGAUCUUUCACUAGAAGAAAUCAGGGAAGGCUACCGAAGAGUGCGAAAGAUCGUCAUAACACAGACCAGAGUGAUCUAUGUUGUACCAGAAACUAUAAUGCCAACCGAGUGCUCAGAACCUCCGACCGAUGAUUCUUUUUGGGCGUGGUGGCGGGUAUCGUACACCGAUGCAUCCGCGUACCUC